AUGUUUAUACCGUUUAUUUUAAUGAUGGUCUCACGCCUUGUAUGCGUUAAAUAUGCUGACGUCGGCACCUGUAGGACAGUUAAGCUCAACACAACUCCCACACCAAUACAUACGGAACCGUCAACACCAGCACCUACUAAACCCCCGACAACCAGACCUACAGAACACCCGACAACUAGACCUACAGAACCCCCGACUACUAAACCUACAGAACCCCCGACUACUAAACCUACAGAACCCACGACUACCAGACCUACAGAAUCUUCGACUACCAGAUCUACAGAACCCACGACUACCAGACCUACAACACCCCCAACAACUAUACCUACAGAACCCCCGACUACCAGACCUACAGAACCCCCGACAACCAAACCUACUGUACCCCAAACACCAGUCCCUACUCUACCGCCCACUCCAACCCAUUCACCAACCCCUACAAAAGUGCUCACUUCUACAACCAUUGGAAUGACAACUAAAGUAACGCCGGGUUUAUGUGUAAAAGAGGGCUAUUUUCGCGACCGAAAUGACCCGAAGUGCACACAUUUCUACCGUUGCAUCGGUUCGGCGCCGCAUUUCCGACGCGUCGAUUAUCCCGAGUGUCAGAACAACACUAUAUUUGAUGACACGCUUCAGACAUGUGUCCGACCGGAACAGAGCGCAGAGCCCUGUCCUUAA